CACCGGAAGUUGAAUUAUCAGCUGAUCCUGCUUGCUGUUGUUGAUGCCUGAAGUUGCUGUUGUUUGGACACUGUGUUGCUCUUAUCUGCGCCUGACAUUGGAGACAAAUUAAACCCGAGCGAAGGACACGGUGGACAUUUACCGGCAGACGAGCUUAUGAGUGACGAGUUUCACUGCGAGGAGUUUGCGCACAAGCGGCACGAGAGCUAGCGCCAACGCGUGAGUCUGAGUGGAGAGGAAAGAAGAAAAACAGCCGACGGCUCUGCGUGCUUUCUUUGUUUAUGUCGUGCCUGCCUGAACCGCAGUAUUCAUUUUCUUUGUCUUGAAUGUAGACUUAUUUUCUGCACCUACGUCAUUUAUAUGUAUAUUUAUGCUUUCUUACCAUUGCGCGCCGGGCAGCUAGCUCGUCAACUCACGUUCACCCGUAGUGACAGAUGACUGGAGCGACCCGUGAGAGUCAUCGGGCUUUGAGACGUUAUCUCUCGUGCCUCUAUUUCGUGUAGGUGUGUAUCGCUGUGUCCGUUGCCCCGUUGGUCAGUCUGGAGACCCAGAACAGCACUGUGACCCAACAAGGACACGUGUGGUCCGUUUGUUUAUUCCUGACGACGAAUCGAGAUACUUCACUGUUUUUUGUUUUCCCCGUAUCGAUCUGAAACCACAGGACCAGGUGGUAGGUUAACUGACAGCUGUCCUUGUAGGUUUAGGUUGGCUCGCACGUUGCAUCAUUUGUUUGUGUGCAAGCUGUCCGACUUUGCUGGGUAACUUGUUAAACUGUUGUUUAAAACGUGUUCAGUCUAAGGUGGCUCUGUGAAUGUCAUUGUUUAUAUUGUUUUUACAUGCUUUUUUAUUUUCACAUGACAUGUGAUAAACUGGCCUCCUUUUACCGCAACCCAUAGUUUGAGGAGCUGUUUGAUGCUAACUAGUAGAGUUAUGAAUUGAAAUAGCCAUCUGAAACUAUUCAGACUGUGCUGUGACCGGGGACAGACAGGGGAGAGAAAGGGUUCCACAGAGGGUCCCGUUGUGUCUUGAGGUGAGCUGCCCUCCACUACUUGCCAAUGCUGGACCUGGAGGUGGUGCCUGAGAGAUCACUAGGAAAUGAGCAAUGGGAAUUUGCCUUAGGGAUGCCAUUGGCCCAGGCCAUCUCUAUUCUGCAGAAACACUGCCGCAUCAUCAAAAAUGUCCAGGUGCUAUACAGUGAACAGACACCACUCAACCAUGACCUCAUACUGAACUUGACUCAGGAUGGGAUCAAACUGCUGUUUGAUGCCACAAAUCAGAGACUCAAGGUGAUUGAAGUGUAUGACCUGAGCAAAGUCAAGUUGAAAUACUGUGGAGUCCAUUUCAACUCUCAGGCAAUUGCUCCCACAAUAGAGCAAAUAGACCAGUCAUUUGGAGCUACGCACCCUGGAGUUUACAACGCUGCAGAGCAGUUGUUCCAUCUCAACUUUCGAGGCCUGUCUUUCUCCUUCCAGCUGGAUUCAUGGAAUGAAGCUCCAAAAUAUGAGAUUCCACAUGGGGCCAUGGUCAAGAGGAUGCACAUCUACACUGGCAACAACCUGCAAGAAACAAGGGCUCCCGUGAUGCCGUUGGCUUGUUUCCUUGGUAACAUCUUUGCAGAGAGUGUUGAUGUCCUGAGAGAUGGUGCAGGGCCUCUGGGGCUCAAACUCCACCUUCUCACUGCAGGCUGCGGUCCAGGUGUGAUGGCUGAUGCUAAAGUGAGGUCCCUCGAAAGGAGCAUCUACUUUGGAGAUUCCUGUCAAGAUGUACUGGGUGCUUUGGGCUCGCCACAUAAAGUCUUCUACAAGUCUGAGGACAAGAUGAAGAUCCACUCUCCGUCACCCCACAAGCAGGUUCCUUCUAAAUGUAACGACUACUUCUUCAACUACUUCACCCUCGGAGUGGAUAUCCUGUUUGACUCUGCAACUCACCUGGUUAAGAAGUUUGUCCUCCAUACCAACUACCCCGGCCAUUACAACUUCAAUAUAUAUCAUCGAUGUGACUUUAAGAUUCCACUUGUCAUUAAGAAAGAAGGAGCCGAUUCUCAGACAGAGGACUGCAUGUUAACAACCUACAGCAAGUGGGAUCAGAUUCAGGAACUGCUCGGUCACCCGAUGGAGAAACCUGUCGUGCUCCACAGAUCCUCAUCAGCCAAUAACACCAACCCCUUUGGCUCUACCUUCUGCUUUGGACUGCAGAGGAUGAUCUUUGAGGUGAUGCAGAAUAACCACAUAGCAUCAGUGACCCUGUAUGGUGCUCAUCGGACCACAAGUCAAGCUCGACCUGAGUCCAGCAGUAGUUCCCACUGAACAAGUAACCAGAACCACAUCCCAUUCUGGCCUGUCCUGAGUCUAGUAUCUCUGCUGACUGAACCUCUAACCCAGAGCCAGAUUCAUAACCAAGCAGACCAAAACAACGUAAUUCAUACCAAGCUCAGAUGCUACUCAUUGAACAGACCCACGACCAGAAUCCAGAAUUUCACCAGUCACACCUGAUACUUAUCAACUUUUCCUGGUGGGUCCUAAGACUUACUCUCCCAAUCAGACACACCCGGUCGGCAUAGUGAACCCAACCCAGACUUUCCCAGGAACCAGGAUCCAGUGACACGGUUGCAGUGCUGGACCGCUGAUGCUUCUCAAAAUGAUGUCUCGGUUGUGUGGGAAUAUCACGCUGGUGCUGCAAACUGACAUGCUGAAGAAAAUCUAUGCUCAAGUAGAGCUCAGCUAUUUCCUGUUUCCAUCCAGUGACUCCGUUUGCCCAGGACCACAGAAGAAUAGUUUGGGCAGCAUGCUUCCACCAGUAAGAUGUAAUGGCAGCCUGUAUUGGACAAUAACCUCCAUCACAUUGUGGUGAGAGGAUCAGCAUUUAAUUAUCAUCUGCAACAAAUCUCUAUGUAAACUGCUGUGGCCAAAGUCUUGAAACAAACUCUCGCUUGACACACUGAAUAAACAUCAAACAACCACACUGCCAGCUCAACCAGUACCGCCUGUCUUCCUGCCACAACUUAAGAACCAGGCCAAACUGGCUCAAUCAAAACACGGACAUGUUUAAACUGCAAGCACGAAACCCGUCCAGCCCAACCAAGAGUCAACAGAGCCAAACACGUUGGAAGCUGCAGAAGACUUGUUAACCAGAAACAUGUCACCCUCUGGGUUUGUGGCACAGAACACAUCCACAAUGGCCGGUUGACCAGAUGUGAAGCCUCUCCAGUCAGAACAGUCCAAGUGUUGUCAUCAUAUCGUCUCCCUCUUAAACCGUCUUACUCACAAGUCUUCCGACUUUCUUCAGUACACAGUCGUAAACACUAUUAACCCACCACAGCUGUUGUUAUUUGCAACUCUAGAUGUUGACGUGACUGUCUCUUUACCUUAAUUCAAACACACAGGCAGAUAAUUAGACCCUUCACUAUCAGAUCAACAUUUAUUUAUAAUACAAGAAAGCUGGUUUAUCUUUUUUCUUAGCGCUAUAAAGUGCAAAACAAACAUGGAGACAUGCAGGCAUGACACAAGGAGUUGCAUGAACUUGGCAGAUGCUUUUGAAUGAGAGGAAACUUCUUAUAAGCACAAACUGGCAACCUGUUUUGUUUAUUUGAUCCUGUAUGUUGUGAGGGGCAAAGACUUGUUUUAUUUUUCUCUGCCCAGCUUCAUUCAUUCACACCACAACCAUUUUCAUUGUGUUCUCUUUUUGCAUUUGCACUAAUAUACACCUUUUUUACUUGAUUGGUUCAUUGCGCCCUAUCCUCAGAGAGCUCAAGCUUAGUCAGAAGACAGGUCCUCCCAUGGUGCAUGUUGUAUGCACUCAUCUCCCUUUCUCCUCUACAUCUGAUUGAUGCAUCAAAACUCAUCCCUCAGCAAUGUCUGCAUUUAUUGUUGAAUUGCCAAAUGCUUCAGCCAAAGACGAUUCAGGAUGAUUUCAUUCGAUCAGCGGACAUUAUCACUGUAGUCUCUUUUCUCUACACCUGUCCCAUGGAGAGAGUCGUUUGUUGGCUGUCUCCCUUUUCUUGUGUCUUUUAUGUCACACCUGCACAUUGCAGUCAUUGCCGCGGUAACGCCUCUACAUUCAGCACCUGGUCUCUGUAACUGCUGACAGUAAUUACACAAGCCGUGAAUAGCUGACUUGUGCGUGUGUUUUGAAACCAAUCAGCCUGUCUUUCAUCAGGGUUUGGUUCCAGCCAGAGACGCAUUUACAAUAGUAGGAGUCUCUUGUACAGUUGUUGUCAGAGAGCUGUAAUUUAACAAAUUGCUCUGUGAAUUCAUUACAUUUAAACCCAUUUAGAAAAUGGGUUUAACCAUCAUUCCUUCAUCAUAACAUUUGCUUCCCUCCAAAUGUCUGAAUUUUGAAUAUUUUUUCCUCCUACGCAUUUGAAUAAACUGUGUAUUAAUUUGAAUACACACAUUCUCUUU